GUCACGUGGCUUACUACACUCAGACCUGACCAUGAGCGCAGCAGAGCACAACUUUUCCGGCGCACUGGCAACAUGGAAGGACAUUAAGCUGCAGGAACUGCAAAAGACGCUGGACGCCCAAGGUAUCGAGAUCGUCGACAACCAAAAGGAAUCUAUACUGGGUCGCAAGCAGCUUGCUGACCGCACAAAAGAGUUUAAGAAGAUUCCAGAUGACGAGAAGUUAAACUCGUUCAAAGGCCUGCUCAAAGCAUACCAGACAGAGAUCGACAACCUCACGAAGCGGUCAAAAGUUUCUGAGAAUGCGUUCCUCAAUGUAUACAAGGUCCUCGCUGAAGCGCCAGAUCCAUAUCCUCUACUCGAAGCUGCUGUCGACCAAACGGUGAAAGCCACAGAAGCACACGCACUGGAAGCUGAAGUUUCCCGGCUGCGUGCUGAGAACACUGAGCUUCGACAAUCGUCUAGCGCGUUUGAUGCCUCCAAACGCCGCGUCGAACAAUUGGAGACACGUAUGGACGAACUUGUUGCGCAGAAGGAGUCUGAGAUCAACGCUGCGUAUGACGAACGUAUGCGUAAUUAUGAGGAACGGGAACAGGACUUGCAUCGCCAGGUUGCACUAUACAGGGACCAAGUGCGUGAUCUACGACUGUCGAACGAAUCGAAUCAGGCAAAGCUCUUUGAUCAUAGCCAGCGUCAAGACCAAGAGGUCAUUUCCCGUCUUGCAGAAGCUGACAUGAUCAUGGUCGACUUGGAACGUGCGAAUAGCAGAGUCGUGACCGUCGAGCAGCGGAAUGAAGCACUCCGUGGAGAGAUCGAAGCAUUGCGCAUUGGCAGUGAAAGCAGUGAACGUGUCAGAUCACUGACGACUCGUCUCGCCGAGCUUGAGUCCGAGUACACACGACUCGAAAGCACCGUCGACGUCGCACGAAGCGCUGCAGCACGAUCAGAGGAACGAAUUUCAGAGAAGGCUCGUGAAGCAGACUCUGCUCGCGCAGAAGUAGAAGCUCUCAAGACAAAACUAAAAACAUACGCGGAUUACGACGAGGUGAAGCGAGAACUAGAGAUUCUGAAGUACGUUGAAUUCGCAGGUCUCGACCCGGAUGAUGAUUGGUCAAGUCCUGACGAAGAUGAAGACGGCGUGCAUCUGCCAAAUCCCAAUGCGGACAAGGCGAAUGCACAGCACGGCAAGAGUCUCGAGGUCCUCCUUGCCACGAAGAAUAAACGGAUAUUGGAGGAGUUGACUCGAUUCAGGAUCCUCCACACAUCUCUUGAAGCAUCCCUCAAAAGCACACAGGACGAGCUCGCAGACACACACGCAGAACUUGUCAAGCAACAAGCUCUUUGCGAGAAACUUGAGACGGACCUGCUUGCUUUGAAUACCAACAAUGGGAGCGGGCCAAGAGAGGAGAGUGGAGAGAACGGGGAGAGUGGGAUUUCGGGGCUGGGGCUUGAAUUCGGCUUACGGACCAAGGACGCAGCGGGUCCAAGCACCACACGCUCAACACCAAUACCUUUCACGUCAUCCGCCGAUACCUCGAUCCUUCCUAUCGUGACCAGCCAGCGGGAUCGGUUCCGCCAACGGAACGCAGAGCUCGAGGAAGAACUUCGCAAACACUACCACACCAUCUCAGAACUCCGCACUGAAAUCAAAUCCCUCCAAUCCGAUAACCUGAAGCUCUACGAGAAAGUCCGUUACAUGCAAUCAUACCGCGAACAAGGCUCCGUCUCGCAGCUCGACCCUCUCCCGCCGUCUUCUUCCUCGGCAUUCAACGGAAGUGGGAAUGUAAGUGGAACUGGAAAUGGGAGAGAUGAGCUAGGGAAAUGGCGCACAAGGUAUGAGGAAGCGAUGAAUCCGUUUGAAGCGUUUCGUGGGAGGGAAGCGACGCGUGCGUAUGAGGCUCUCAAUCCUGUCGAGCGAGGUGUGCUCGUGCUCACGCGUGGGAUCAUUGGGAACCGGCGUGCGCGUACAGCGUUUAUCUUUUAUGCGGCGGCGUUGCAUCUCUUAGUUGUCGUUACGGUAUAUGAGUGUGCGUGGUCGAGCGGGCAGCUGCAGGUUCAGCCGGGGCCGUACUGAUCAUAGUGGAGUCUUGGGCGAGAUAAUCUUUAUUGAGCGCUUAUAUUCGCUUUGGAGUUCACCACAUCAUGGAACUUGGA